GCACCAGCAAAGAGUGUGUAGCUCUCGCUGUUCAAUCAAGUCUUCCACUCGGGACAAACUUAUCCAACACCUGACUCUUUUAAAUGGAUGCUAGAUGCAUAUAAACCACACCACACGGACCUGCAAAUACUGCAAAUACCAGAGUUACAUGUCCGGACCCAGCACACAUACCCAGCCUUGUAGUAAGCUGCACUAUCAAGGACAUUCCUCAAGCCUCCAGGGUCACAUCUGCAGUUUUGUUAUCAGGCACUUCUUGCAGCUGCACAAGCUUCUGUUUCCACUUCAAAACACACCACUCAAGAGGUCUUUGGACACUUCAUUAGACAGAAUUGUUCCCAUGAUGGAACUUCAAAGGAAGGAAAUGGACUUUUGUGUUAUCAUGACCCGGUUUAGAUCCAUCUGAUCAUCUGUGAGUACAACCCGCUGCCUGCAGACACGAUGGCCACCGAAGAAAAUCAAACCCCAGUUGGGACCGUUGUCCUGGAUAAGCGUUCAACACCUCCGUCCGGCAGGGAGACCAGACAGUCAAAUGACGGCCGGGAAGUCGGUCAGCACCUGGACCAAUCGUGGGUGCCAAAGCAGCGCAGCAGCCCCGCUUGCCUUUACUACAGGAAGUUGUUGUGUGACUGUGAGAAAGACGACAUUUUGGACAAGAAAUAUUUUAAGGAGAAGCUCUUGGUUGGCAAAAGAAUAGAAGGACUAACGUCAAAGCUUGGUUCAGGACGAUCUUUGUGCCAGCUGGACUUUGGUGGCGAGGGUGGUUUUACCCAGCGUGACAACCCAGGAAAUUGUUGCCACAGUCCCACUUCCAACCUCAGCUCCAGCUCCAGCCCCGUUGACAGUCCGUCGCUCAGUGUCAGCAUCUUUUGGCCCAACCGGCGGCACGUCCGUCGCUCCAGCCUGCCUGUGUCAACGCUGGAGUUCCGUAAGACAACGCUAUCCUGCUGCAGUCCCUCCAGUGAACCCAACUCACUGGUGUCCUCUCCCUGUAGCUCCCCCCUGCUACCUGUUCGCCGGCAGCGACGCCACAACGGACACAUUCGCAGGCACCACGUCAAAAACGAACAUGAGAGCUUAGAGGGUCUGGACAGCAGGCGGAAUAGAAGCUCUUUGGAGACGUUCUUCCUGCGACGGGCGUCGCUUGAAUCCAUGCAGGACGAGCGGAUGUCAUUGGAUGGUAGGGACAGGAGCUGCAGUGGCGGCAGCAGCAGUAAUAGUAGCGAUGGGGAGGCCGAAGAGGAUAACUCAGAGUUCGUUAGGAACCGCAAGGAUCGUUCCACCGUCCUGGUGAGGCGGUUCUUUAAGAACAAUCAGAAGAUGACCAAGUCGGUUUGCACUGGAACCAGAGCAAUCGUCAAGACACUGCCCACAGGACGCAUCUCCGAGGAGGCCUGGGAGGAGGUAGUUUGCCGCUUGACAUGGCGACCAAGCAAGAGGGAUAUUCGCCAAAUCGUAAUGCGCAACGUGGGGGAACGCCCUAGAAUCUGCAGGACAAUGUUGCACUUUGUCUGGGCCAAGAUACACAAGGUAGCCAACAAUGUUCAGGAUGCAGUCCAACUUAACCUGACUCAUCCCGCCAAAAAGCUGCUGCUGCUUCUGUGUCGGCCCGCAUGCAUCAGCAAUUUUCAACAUUCCUGCUGGCCGCUGCACCCCAUCAGCAGUCGUCCACCAGGACCGGAUCAGAGGACCCUUCCUGAUCACAGCCAGGGAUUUUAUCCACCCAGGUUUUAUCUGGCGUCUGAUCAUCGGACGUCUGUGUGCUCUCUGCUGACCGGAGCCCUUCUGGACGCCACGACCGCGCUCGGGGCUCGCUCCGGCCUGCCCUGCCCAUUUGGCCAGUCCCUCAACAUGCUGAAAGAGCGACAGCUGGCCAACAGCAUGGCCACCAGCAACAGCAACAGCAGCACUCUUCCUCCUGGCCUGAGCGGGAUCAGCAAAGAGCUGGCCGAGCUGCGGCACCUCGUGCAGUUCCCCGAGGAGAUCGCCUGCAUCCUCACUGAGCAGGAGCAGCAGCUUUACCAACGAGUAUUUCCCCUGGACUACCUCUGCUUUCUGACUCGAGACCUGGGCAGCCCUGAGAGUCAAACUAGGCGGCACCCGAACCUCAAGGCCUCCCUGUCUGCGCCCAACAUGCCCACCCAUACCUCCCAGCACAGUAACGCUGUGGAGGACCUCGUGGCACGUUUUAAUGAGGUGAGUUCAUGGGUGACAUGGCUAGUCCUGACUGCUAGUUCUAUGGAAGAGAAGAGGGAAGUGUUCUCUUAUCUGGUCCAUGUGGCUAAGUGCUGUUGGAACAUGGGGAACUACAACGGUGUCAUGGAGUUCCUGGCAGGACUCAGAUCUCGCAAAGUGCUGAAGAUGUGGCAGUUCAUGGACCAGUCCGACAUCGAAACCAUGAGAAGCCUGAAGGAUGCAAUGGCACAGCACGAGUCUUCCUCGGAGUACAAGAAGGUCGUAACCAGAGCGCUCAAUAUCCCAGGAUGCAAAGUGGUACCUUUCUGUGGGGUGUUCCUGAAGGAGCUGAGUGAUGCAUUAGAUGGCACCGCAAGCAUCAUCAGCCUCAAACCACCUGUGGAUAACACAGAAGACACAAUAGAGUUUGUGUCCGACUACAGCGGACAGCACAACUUUUUGUCUCGUGCUGGCCCAGACGGUCUUCACGUGCCAGAGAAAGAAACCACAGUCAACAACAUCCUGCAGAUUAUCAGAUCAUGCAAUCGCAGUUUGGAGGCGGAGGAUCCUGAUGAAGCCUCCACCUGCCCUCAGUCUUCUUGUGGGCUGGCUCCGACAUCCAGAAACAACUCCCUCAGGGACCGCUGCCGCUAUCACUCCCAAUCAUUUAGGAUGUCCCAAGAAUCCAAAAAUGUCUCGUUCAUAGUGGGGGAUCUGUCAGACUCUGAAGGCGACCUCUCAUCGGAGCCUGCAGCUAACGAGAUGGAGUUUCAAGGGACAGAGGAGACACACAGAGCCUUUUGCCACGGCACUGAGCUCAUUCCCUGGUAUGUGUUGUCGCUACAACCAGAUGUUCACCAGUUCCUGCUGCAAGGAGCAACAGUCAUCCACUAUGACCAGGAAGGCCACCUGACCGCCCGUUGUCUGCUGAGACUCCAGCCUGACAACACCACGCUCACUUGGGGUAAGCCUCAGAGUGGCGGGAUCUCCCCCAUGGAGCAACCGCUUGGACUGGGUCAGGCUGUGGUAGCAGGACUGGCUGAAGGCCUGCUAGACCUCGCUGUGGUGAAGGCCGUGUUCCUGGGUCACCAGGGAGUGGACGUCCAUGCCGUGUGCUUGCAGAACAAACUGAGCCAGAUGACGGUGGAGGAGAACGCCCUCAGCCUCCUCUAUGGACUCAAUACCACUGACAACAGAUUGCUGCACUUUGUAGCCCCCAACCACACCACACAAAUACUGUACAAGGGUCUGUCAGAGUUGGUGAAUGCCACCAGGAAGCUGAAGAAGUUUCCGGAUCAAAGGCUGCAGUGGCUCAGGAGACAAUAUGUCAGUCUGUAUCAGGAGGAGGGUCGAUAUGAGGGGCCGACGCUAGCUCAGGCUAUUGAGCUCUUUGGUGGGCGAAGGUGGAACAUGGGAGCAAGUGGAGGUGAAAAAUCUGCAGCCCCCAAAAACAGUCCUCUGGGCAUCAAUGACAAGGCCAAAAAGAAGAAGAAGGCUCUUGUCAGGGGGGACAGUGGGGAUGCCACUGAUGAUGAGAUGGUGUCCAGGAAAACACGCAGCUGUAAAGAGGGACUGUAUCGGAACGGACCAGAGUCAGACAGCAUAGACCAAGAAGAUCCAGACGACAGCUUCCCAGGGCCGUUCUCCCUGUCCUCUAAAGGAAGUCCAGGACUGCUGGCCUCUUCCUCUUCUUCCUCCUCAUCCUCCAGCAUGGCAAGCUCCUACCAGUCCCAUCCACAAUCCUCUCCAGUUCUCUCAGGGACUUCCAAGGCACAGCCAGGGGCGUGGAGCAGCAGGUCGUGGCAUGGUCGUGGCAAAGGAUGUUUCAAAGGCUUCCAGAACCUCAUGAUCUCUGACAGCACCAUGAGCUUCAUCGAGUUUGUGGAGCUCUUCAAGUCAUUCAGUAUUCGGAGCAGGAAGGACCUGAAGGAGCUUUUCGACACAUACGCCGUCCCCUGCAGUCGAUCUACUCCUGAGUCGGCUCCUCUCUACACCAGGCUGAAGAUCGAUGAUAGAGACGUGGGGUUACAACCAGACCUUGACCUUCUAACUCGCAAUGGCUCCGACUUGGAUCUCUUCAUCCGCACAAGACAGCAGAUGUCCAACAACCAGAAGCAGAUCUCAGAUGCCAUCGCUGCCGCCAGCAUCGUGACCAACGGGACGGGCGUGGAGAGCGCAUCGCUGGGUGUGCUGGGAUUGGCCAUUCCUCAGCUCAACGACUUCCUGGUCAACUGCCAAAGGGAGCACCUGAGCUACGAUGAGAUUCUCAGCAUUAUACAGACGUUUGAGCCUUCAUCAAACAUGAGGCAGAAUGGGUGGAUGUCCUUCGAAGGCUUUGCAAGGUACCUCAUGGACAAAGAGAACUUUGCCUCUCGUAACGAGGAAUCUCUGAUAAACCCAGAGGAGCUCCAGUACCCCCUGUCCUACUACUACAUUGAAUCUUCUCACAAUACUUACCUGACUGGACACCAGCUCAAAGGAGAGUCCUCUGUGGAGCUUUACAGUCAGGUGCUGCUGCAAGGAUGUAGGAGUGUGGAACUGGACUGUUGGGAUGGAGAUGACGGCAUGCCCGUCAUCUAUCAUGGACACACUCUCACCACCAAAAUACCUUUCAAGGAUGUGGUGGAAGCCAUUAACCGGUCUGCAUUCGUCAACUCCGACAUGCCGGUCAUCCUGUCCAUAGAAAACCACUGCUCAUUGCCGCAGCAACGCAAGAUGGCCGACAUAUUUAAGACGGUAUUUGGGGAACGCCUUGUGACACGCUUCCUCUUUGAGAGCGACUUCAGCGACGACCCUCACCUGCCAUCGCCGAUGCAGCUACGUGGGAGAAUCCUGCUGAAAAACAAGAAGCUGAAAGCCCACCAGGCACCGGUAGACAUUCUCAAGCAGAAGGCUCACCAGCUGGCCCACCUGCAGGCCCAGGCCAGCAGCGGGUCACCAGGGGGUGCCUCGCCUGGAAGCCACGCGAAUGAAGAAGAUGACGAGGACGAAGACGAGUACGACUAUGACUAUGAGUCUCUAUCAGAUGCUGAUGUCCUCAAUGCCUCUACCGCCUCCUAUGGGCUGGAAGAUAACCUGUUGGAGGACAGGCCGGAAGGAAAAAACUCCACCGACAAAGAGGAGCAGCCCGCGGAGGAAGCGCCCAAGCUGAAGAUAAAGAAGGCCGACAGCAGCACUCAGCAGAGCAAAGGAAAGGUGUUCGACAUGGAGCUGGGUGAGGAGUUCUACCUCCCUCACAACAAGAAGGAGAGCCGUCAGAUUGCACAGGAGCUGUCUGACCUUGUCAUCUACUGCCAGGCUAUUAAGUUCCCGGGCUUGUCCACACUGUCUCCAGCCGGCUCCGGCAGAGGGAAGGACCGCGGCAAGUCCAGGAAGUCCAUAUUUGGCACAGCCCCCGCUCGCUGCGCCACAACAGGGGAGGUCUCCACGCAGAACCGCACCCCUGGGAGAGGUGGCGGCGAGCGUCUGAGCUGGGAGGAGCAUCAUCAGCAGACAUCAGCGACGGCAGGGGCGCUCAACCCGCCGACAUCCCUUAGUGCCAUCAUCCGCACGCCAAAGUGCUACCACAUCUCGUCAGUGAACGAGAAUGCGGCCAAGCGUCUGUGCCGACGCUACUCGCUGAAGCUCAUUCAGCACACGGCCAGCCAGCUGCUUAGGACGUACCCGGCCGCCACCCGCAUCGACUCCACCAACCCCAACCCGCUCCUCUUCUGGCUGCACGGCAUCCAGCUGGUGGCGCUCAACUACCAGACGGAUGACCUGUCCAUGCACUUGAACGCAGCACUGUUUGAGGACAAUGGCGGCUGCGGUUAUGUCCUCAAGCCAGCCGUGCUGUGGGACCGCAGCUGUCCUCUCUACCAGCAGUUCUGUCCCACGGAGAGAGAUGCGGACAGAAGCAGCCCAGCCGUUUAUUCCCUCACUAUCGUGUCGGGUCAGAACGUGUGUCCCGCCAACGGCUCGGGAAGUCCCUGCGUGGAAGUGGAUGUGCUGGGCAUGCCAGGCGACAGCUGCCAUUUCCGCACCAAGCCCAUCCAUCGCAACACGCUGAACCCCAUGUGGAGCGAGCGCUUCCACUUCAGUGUUCACUUCGAGGAGCUGUGCUUCCUGCGCUUCGCCGUGGUGGAGAAUAACAGUUCGCAGACCACUGCUCAAAGGACUCUGCCCCUUCGAGCCCUCAAGCCUGGUUACAGACACGUACAGUUAAGGACGCAGCAUAACGAGUCCAUGGAAGUGUCCAGCUUGUUCAUCUACAGCAGAAGAAUAGAAGAAAGCCCAGCAGGGGGCGCCACUCCUUCAUCCCAGUUGUUCAGCCCUGAGGAGAAGCAUGCAAGCCAACAUCACAAAGUAACAGUGCACAGAGCUCCUGGACCAGAACCUUUCACCGUCUUUUCCAUCGCAGAGCAAACCACCGCCAAACAACUACUAGAUGCAAUUGUACCAACAAAGGGGAACCAGUACUUCUUGUGCGAGGAGAAACUUCCCUUGGCCAAGGAGCGCGGAGACUCCAAGCGAUCUUCUCAGCGCCGCUCCCUAGCAGCUGAGGAGGCGUUGAUUAAAGUGGUCUCCAGCUGGGACACGGAAGAAGGAUACGUGGGGAAGAUUUGUCUCCAAACCAGAGAAGAGAAUUUAAAUGAGAAGAACACAGUGGCGGAGGGUGAGGAGGAGGUGGCAGUUGUCGAUGGAGGAGGAGGUGUAGAGGAGGACAUGUUCUUGGUCCAGGUUCAUGAAGUAUCUCCGGAGCAGCCUCACACGGUCAUCAAGGCUCCUCGCUACAGCUCAGCACAGGACAUCAUACAACAGACUCUAUCCAAGGCGAAGUACUCCUACAGCAUCCUGUCCAACCCCAACUCCAGCGACUACGUACUCAUAGAGGAAGUGACCAAGGACGUCCCUUCCAAAAAGUCGUCCGCCGCCAAGUCCGUGCAGCGUGUCCUUCUGGAUCACGAGUGUGUUUACCACGUUCAGAGUCGCUGGAGGGGGGCGGGAAAGUUCAUUCUCAAAUUGAAGGAGCAGGUGGUGCGCGAGGACAAGAAGAAGAUGAUGUCUUUCGCCAGCGAGCUGAAGAAGCUGACCAGCCGCAGUCGUAGCAUGACGACGGGCGUGGGCAUGGUGGACGGCGCUGCCCAGAGUAAGGAGGAGAGAGCUGCAUGCUGCCUGGCUCUCACUGAACUUCACGAGUGAGCCUCAGUGGUGUCUCUGCAUGACAAGAGAGUGCAACGCAGGGUACCUGUCGGCUGCCACAGGGUUGAAGGCGUGGAUGGCAGAGGGCAAAGUGGGGGCGGGACGUCUCCUGCACGUCUCCUCUUCCUCCGCUAGAGGGCAGCAUCGACCUAACAUCCCCGCGACCCCAGUCAGCCCUCUGACUUGGAAGUUUCACCUCCUCAGGAACUGGAAGAUCCACAAAUGACGAGAGUGGAGUUUGUCGUUGCUGUCGUUACACCUCUCUGGAUGGGUUCCUUCCCCUUUCUUGAUUGGCCACCCUUGUGGCGGCUGAGCUGGCGUGUGUAGCUCCGCCCCGGUCCAAGAUGUAGAUAAGAGACAUGCGACAAUAGAGCCGUUGAUACAGGGCGGUGCACGCGUGGAGGGACGGAUGAAGGCAAGAGAGACAAGCUGGCUUGUUGACUUCCUGUCUUGUGUGAGGAACAUUUAGGGCGGCAAAGGGAUAAUGUUUGAAAAGAAAAAGCACAUUGUGGCAUGUAAACAUAACACAAUUUGUAUGCCCUAAAAUGUCGCUUUUCCUUGAGCUGUCACUCUAGUAGACUAGCUGAGUAAUAGAAAUAUAGCUGAUAAUAAUAAGAAGAAAAAGAAAUAUGUCUAAAUGUUCAUUUUAAGGCUAAAUUCCUUGCGAGAAAUGCAGCCUGACGCUCUUCAAACUGCAUUUUGCACAUUUCUUUGUAUUUUUAUCAUGUUUUUUUUCUUGUCUUUCCUUUGAAGAGGCUUGAAUGUCAUUGGAUGAUCAAAACAUAUUAUAUUUCCGCAAACCGCACAAGAUUAUUAUUAGGUUAUUUCUGAUUUUUUCCUUAGCUUAAAUAAAGAUUUAGAGUGCAUGAGAAAGUUGAAAGGAAAACUUAGCUCUUUUUGACACCAUGGUAUUGGUAUACACUAUGGUUGUUAAGUGUACGGCACAACACAGCAGCAACAGAACCAAUGUUAUAAUAGUUGCUCAGCCAGCAUUCAUGCCACUGAUGACUAAACAAAGCGGCGAGUGUAACAGUUUCACACCAACAGCUGAGGAGCAACAUUUUAAAGUGCAUGCAGAGGCAGCUACUCCCAUCUUGCGGAGUUAAUCAAAUUUUAAAAAGUACAUCAGGAGGUUGCCUCAAGCUACAGCUGUGAAAGCCACUGUUAUUACGCCGCUCUGCAGUUAAUCGGAGCAUUUACUUCAUUUGAAAAAAAAAAGAUCAUUCUAUUUAUUUCUUUAGACUUCAGCCCACCUGAUUCCAAAAGUGAAAUUCGUAGAAAAUUCCUAAAAGAAUUGAUUGGAUUUGAAUGGAGUUGUAGCUGCUUUAGACGGCCGUGUACUGAUUAUGAUGAGCUUCUUAAUUAUUAGACUUUCACGAUGUGUUGCAUUUGAACAUUUUACAGAUUUCCAAGUUUAUUGAUAAUACUUUUGACAUUUAUAAGCAGGAUGGUGCACUACAGUAUAUCAUGAACACUAAAUAUGAACCUUAUGGAUGAAGUUUGACAUUAGCUCACAUUCCGUUUUCCAACAGGAGGUGCAUUCAGAUAAGCUUUAAUGAGAGAUGAACUGUUCUUUUGCGCAAAUAGGUUUUGUUUUCAAGGCUACAAGUAGACAACGAAGCUUUAAUUCAUGUUAAAAUGACCUUAUUGCUGUCGUUGUUGUCAUCCGAGGGUCAGAAUUGGAGCAUUCAAUCAGAUUAAACGCACAAAAUGUAAUGUCAAAGGUAACUACUACGUAUUACUAGUAAUACAAUGAGGACAUUGAAUUGACAGGAAGGGAUUAGCUCUUAAUUGUGGUGAUAUUUUCCCUUGAACGUGUUGUGAUCUUAAAAUGCUGAAGGUGCAUUUGGAUGUUAUUUAUUGGAACGUUUAAAGCCCCGGUUGGCGUCUUAACUGUUCUAUAUUUUAUUUCUUGUUUUUAAUUUAUUUCAGUAUAUGGCUGUAAUACUGUAUAUGUGUUGACAAAGGAGAUUAUUUACUUUCAGAGGAAAUAUGAAUUCUUGUGUAAAACCAUGCCUGUUAUUAGUUAUCACUUUAAAAAUUCCCAGACUAUUUGAAACAUUCAUUAUUAUAUCCACUGACACUUUUGUUUGCGCUGUCUUAUUACUUGAAUUUUUCAGCAGGCGGCGAAUAAUUGUGGAUGUGUUGCAUAGUGGAAUAAAAACACUAAAUAUGCAU